AUGCCGAAGAAUUCUGGUGGCGGCAAUCGCAAUAACAAUCCUCAGCGCAAGCGCAACUAUCAGCUGGAUGAGCAGAAUCCUGUGGUGCAGGCAUUUCGUAGCUAUGCCAGCGAGUUAGACAGCAAACAUGAUCGCCACGAACGCAUUUUAAAGCUAAGCCGAGACAUUACCAUUGAGUCGAAGCGCAUUAUUUUUUUAUUGCAUUCUAUCGAUCCGCGUAAGCAGAACAAGGAGAAGGUGCUAGAAGAAGCAAAAGAGCGCCUAACAAAACUGAUUAAUGUAAACUUUCGUGCUGUGGCUAAUGAACUGCGUGGUCAAGAUGUAUACCAAUUUCGAGCAGCCUACUCACCAGGACUGCAAGAGUUCAUCGAGGCCUAUACCUAUAUGGAGUACUUGCACAGCGAGGACGGUAGCGAGACGGUCAAGACAAUAUCUGACUGGGAAGCACUGCAGACCAUAAUGCAGUAUGAAGAUCCUAGUACUAAAGAUGAUCAGCGUGUAGAGCAGACUGUAGAGGGAACUGUGAACGAGCAGCCGGCUGCGAAGGCUGAUGGGACUCAAAAGUUCCAUUUUUUUGUCGAUCCCAAUGAAUACAUAUUGGGUGUUUCCGACCUGACGGGAGAGUUAAUGCGUCGUUGUAUAAAUUCACUUGGCAGCGGCGACACUGACACUUGCAUGGUGACAUGCCGCGUCCUGCAACAGUUCUAUACAGGUUAUAUUAGCCUGAAUUGUCAACGUGCUCGGGAACUCUGGCGCAAGAUUGCAGUUAUGAAGCAGAGCCUUCUUAAGGCCGAAAACGUAUGCUAUAAUGUAAAGGUACGUGGUGGUGAGGCCGCCAAAUGGGGAUCUGUUUUCGAUCAAAAGCCCGCUGAAGACGUUGAUGAGGGAUUUUAUUAAAAAUAAACUUUGUAACUUGUAACAAUAUUCAUAUUAAUAGCUUCAUACUCUCAUUAAAAAUAUGUAAUAUAACAACUAA